AAAUUUUUAAAGCAAAAGUCAAUAAUAUAUUUUGAUUUUUUUUAAAACAAAUUUUGGAAAAUCAAAAUUCUUUAAAAUCUUUAUAAAAAUUUACUAUGAGUUUAAAUCGCGGUAGACAUAUUUUUACUUUGGGAAAUUUCCUAUCAAAUUCCAAACGACGUCAAUCUAACGAUCCGUUUGAAAGAGAUCCCUUUAAAAUUCAAUCUUACAAUUUUCGCUAUGCCGAGAGGCCAUCAUUUCCCAUGCCAGCUGUGCAGCAAAGAGUUAACAAUAAUCGGAAGGAGUCUGAUUGUCAAACCUACUUUUAUAACUAUGAUUUUCCCCUGGCCAACAGCUCUUUUGAGCAAAGAAAUACGGCUUUGCAAAAUGAGGAGAGGUUUUUAAAUUUAAACAAAUUUCAAGAACAUCGUAGAAGAAAAUUUUUACAGGAAACUGCAUUUAAGAGAAAUUCUCAUUUAAGAGAAUGUAAUCAGAAAAAGCCUUAUGAGAGUAAAAUUUUGAAUUUAUAUUAUGGCAAAGGAAAUGUUCCAACAUCUAGUAGUAGUGGAAAAGCUAAAUCAAAUUAUACUCAAAACAAUAUUCCAAGAAAUUCUUCUCAGAACAAUAAUCAAAAUUCAUCUAUUAGAUCGGUUAAAAAUAGCACUGUUAAACCUAUCUCGUCAUGCCAACCUCUUAACAGUGGCCACCAAUCAUUGUCCUCAUCAUCGCAAGGUGUUUGUGCCGGUCGUAGUAGACGUAGUUUAAGUUCAGGUUGUGAAAUUAACAUUAAUAUCAAGAGUUUGGAGGAUAAUUCUUUACAGGACAAUAUCAAUAUUAAAAUAGAAACCGAUUCCUUGUGUAAACAAUUAAACAUACCCUUGAAUAGAUCUGCUAAAGUACAUUCUUCCGAUACAUUUGUUAUAGACAAAAGAUUGUCUAAAUUCUCCACAAAUCCUGUUAAACCAUGCGAUAUAAAGAAAUCGGAUAAGGAUCGUAUUAAAGAAUUAACUUCGAUAUAUAGUUCUCAAAAACUUAAGAAAUUUGCCAGCAAGGGCCAUAUUAAAUCUGAGGAACGUUUGCCUACUUUAAUACCAUUUAGAACAAGCAGUUACAGGAUAAAAAAUAGUUCAUCAUGUGCAAAAGAAAACUUCUUUCAGAGAGCUAAUACAAAUAUGGAAGUCUACGAUAACAAAGCUAACACCAAAGGCUGCAGUUAUAAUAAUAAUUUAUAUCGUAGUGCUUAUAUUAAGAAUAAUGGAGGAACUAAACUUUUAAACAGUCCGUUUUUGAAUAAUCUUAAUAUCAAACAACCACCUUUGAAAUCCUCCUCCUCAGCAGCCAAUAGAUGUGACUUCAAGCCCAUGGCUCCAUUAAGAUUGCGUAGCAGCUCAAAAUUACCGCUGAAUGUGAACAUUAAUGUAUUUGCCGAUAAAUUGAAAUUAUUGAAGGUUUAAGAUUGCAACCUUUUCAUAUCUGUCAUUAAGAUGAAACCAAAAAUCUGGAUAGUUACUGCUUAAUUCGAUUCGAAAGGAAAAACUUUCGAAUUACAUUUGGGGGAUACAAACGGUCUGCUAUUAGGUCGUAUUGUCAUAAUGUCGUAAAAUAUUUUUUUAGUUUAAACAAAUUCUUGUUGUGCUGCAAACAAAAAAAGUGUUAUUUUAUAACAAACCAAUAAACAUAGUUCUAAAAGUCUUAUUAGUUUAUAACUUUUUUGUUUGAAACCCAACAAAAAUUUAUUUAAACUAAAAAAAUAUUUUAUGACAUUAUGACAAUACGACCUAAUAGGAGACAGUUUGAAUCCCCCAAUUGUGUUUAUUAUACAAAUUCGAACAUUUUAAUUUUCGAAUCCAGGGGGGUUUAUGGUGUAACUCGAUUCGAAAGAUAUUAUUUCGAAUUAUCAUGUAAAAAGUAUUCAAAUUCAAAUGAUGUUCUUUUCGAAUCGAAUUACACAAUAACACCCCAGUUUCAAAAUAACUCCCUGUUUAAAAUAUAUCAAAUGAAAUUUAUAUUUAUUAAACACAAGUUGCAAUAAAUUAAUGAAUUUGGAAAUGA